AUGGUGCCACCAGUGAGCAGCGCACAACGGAGGGCUACGACCUACAGUUUGGGACGAACGUCCUUGGUCAUUAUUUAUUUACCACCUGCUCCUACCAAUGUUGAUUCAUACGGCCAAGAAUUCCCCGCUCGCUCUCAAGGUUCUCAUUUCAUUGAUGGACACGCACGAGUAAUCAACACCUCGAGUAGCGCAGUCUAUCAUGUCCCCAAAGGUGGUAUUAUCUGGGAGACUCUUGGAAUGAUGCUUCAAGGGAACGUCCUGUUCUCAAAUGAACUAGCCAGGCGGUACGCUAGUCAAGGGAUAAUCUCAUCCUCACUCAACCCGACCUUGCGGCAUCUGAAUUGGUUUGUUGUUGGACUCCUGGGGUUCUUCCUACAUCCUGCUAGCUAUGGAGCUCUUACUCAGUUGUGGUCUGGUACCACACUCGAUGGCGAGAGUCACAGUGGCAAGUUUCUGAUUCCAUGGGAUCGCGUUGGGGACGCUGGGCCAUAUAGCCAUGAUAAAGAGCUUGCUGAAAGGCUAUGGAAUUGGCUAGAAGAGCAGGUUAAAUGCCAUUGA